CGACAGGAAACAAUGUAAACUAAUACCUGCGUUCCUUAAUACAUGUAAUUCAACACAUUAUAAUGAAUAUUUUGAAGGGAAGCUAACGCGGCGUAAGACUGCGGUCUUGGGGGUUAAGUGUCUUAUUUUAACGCAAUUUGAAGCAUGGCAUUCCCGGAGCCCCAGCCCAGAAAGCAGGAGUUACCCAGGAAACUCCUCCGCAGCCUGGACUGCAAGCAAGGCGCCGUGCGGGCUGUGCGCUUCAACGUGGAUGGUAAUUACUGCCUGACGUGCGGCAGUGACAAGUCCCUGAAGCUGUGGAGCCCGAUGCGCGGGACUCUGCUCAAGACCUACAGCGGACACGGGUACGAGGUCCUGGACGCAGACGGGUCAUGUGAUAACAGUCACCUGACCUCAUGCGGCUCUGACAAGACUGUGAUCCUGUGGGACGUGGCGACGGGUCAGGUGAUCAGGAAGCUGCGGGGUCAUGCAGGGAAAGUGAACUGCGUCCGGUUUAAUGAAGAGGCCACAGUAAUCCUCUCAGGCUCCAUCGACACGUCUGUGCGCUGCUGGGACACGCGGUCUCGCCAGCGUGACCCCAUUCAGAUCCUCGACGAGGCCAAAGACGGAGUGUCCAGCCUGAGGGUGUCGGAGCACGAGAUCCUGACCGGGUCAGUGGAUGGCCGGGUCAGGCGCUAUGACCUGCGCAUGGGGCAGCUGCACUCAGAUUUUGUGGACAGCCCCGUCACCUGUGUGUGUUUCAGCAAGGAUGGGCAGUGCACUCUGAGCUCCAGCCUGGACUCCACACUGCGGCUGCUGGACAAGGACACGGGGGAGCUGCUGGGAGAGUACAAGGGUCACAAGAACAGCCGCUACAAGCUGGAGUGCUGCCUGACCGAGAGGGACACCCACGUGGUGAGCUGCUCGGAGGAUGGGAGCGUGUACUACUGGGACCUGGUGCAGGGCUCCCUGUCUCUCAGCGUGUCUGUUGGGAAGGGCGUCGUCCAAUCACUGUCCUUCCACCCCACGGAGCCCCGCCUCCUGACUGCCUCUGAGGGGAGUAUCCAGCUGUGGGGGGAGGAGUCACUGGUGAUAGAGGAGGAGGAAGGGGAGGAGCCAGCAUAGACAUUCCAUAAACCAAGCGCCCUGAUCAACACAGGCUGGCUUUCAUUGGCUCCCAGUCCCCGAGGCUGUGGUGCUGAUUGGUUAAUGGCUCAGAAGGGGGCGAGGUCUAUAAAACCUGUGAACUCAACUCGACUCGACAAAGAUCACAACUCACACAGCGAUCGUGAAAUGUUUUUUUAUUUUUUCAAUGUUUUCCUCAACAAUUAAAAAAAAUCAAAAUAAA